CUUAGAGUACUUACCAUUUACUUGGAUUGCUGCUGUUGCAUCAGCCGUCAAGGAACCUUGUGUCCUUUUUGAUGGAUUCGGAUGACAGAAUAAGCUUAUUUCCUAGAGUAUUAUUAUUAUCAUCAUCAUCAUCACCAUCACCAUCAUCCUCAUAUUAAUUGUUCCAUUUUCUCUUUUCAUUAACUUUUUUUGAGAUGCCAUUUGCAACAUUAUGAGGGACUUCAAGCCCUCGGUGAACGAUAGUAAUGCGACGCUGAUUCACCACAUCCUUUACCAUGCGCACUGCACACUCGCUCAUCUUCAACCUCAUCCACGUACUCACGCCCAGUUUCUACCGAGCCCGCUCGUCGCCAGGCACUGCUGCUGUAGCAGCUGCCGCGCAACAUCACGAUGACUCUCGGGACCCUUUAGCCUAUCUGCAUGGCCUGCGAGGACUGGCUAUCUUUCUGAUCUAUACAUCCGCCUUCUGCCUUCCUCUGCACCCCUUCGCACCCUCCGCCUCCAUCAUCAGGCCCAUCGACAGCGACGAUGACGGUGAGGGCAGCGAAGCCGUGGCCAGGAACCAAGUCCUUUCCUACCCACCCCUCUCCCUCCCCCUCCUCCGUCUCUUCCACAGCGGACCAGCCAUGAUCUCCAUCCUCUUCGUCACCUCCGGCUACCUCCUCACCGCGCCGGCCGUCCGCCUCGCGCGCAGGCGGGCCCACGACGACCUCCUCCGCUACUUCACCGCCACCUUAGUCAAGCGCACCCUCCACCUCCUCCUCCCCACCGUCCUCACCUCCCUCGCCACCCUCGCCCUCGUCUGUCUGCACUGGUACGGCCCAGACCGCGCCCUCGACCCCAGCGCCGUGUUCCCUGCCUUUGCGCAGCCCCUCCUCCCGCCCGACCACCCAGGCGGCCUGUGGACUGCCCUCCGCCACUGGGUCGGCUUCGUCUCGCGCGAGGUCCUCAGCCCCUUCGACUGGCGGCCCAUGUGGAUGAAGCCCGUGAGCCUGUACGGGCAGCACCUGUGGGUGGUCGCGUACGAGUUCCGGUGCUCGCUGGUGCUGGCGGCUAUCAUGGCUGUCACCCUGCGCAUGGAGUCGGCCCUCAAGCGCGCCGCGCUGGUCGUCGGCGUCAUUGUGUACUGCGCCGUGUGGGAGAGGGGAGACAUUGUGCUGUUCCUGGCCGGGCACAUGCUUGCGCUUCAUCAGGAGGCCGGGAGGCUGCAUGACUUUGAGGAUGAUGGGGAUGGGAAGAGGGGCGAGGGUGUGGAUGGGUUGCUGGCGCACGCGGCAGCCUGUGAUGUUGACCGGCCGCGCUCUUUGCCGGUGUAUGUGGCGUGGCUGGGGAGUCUUUGGCUCCUCUCCUUUCCCUCCUAUGAUGAGGCACAAGACAUACCCGGGUUCCAGCUCCUCGCUGCGACGGGCAUCUCCAAAGAAUUGUGGCACAGCAUCGGCGCGGUACUGCUGGUCUGGUCCUUGGGAAGACUGAGGCUGGUCAGGAGCCUGCUCCGCGCUGACCCUGUCCAGUAUCUGGGCCACAUCUCGCUGGCUCUGUAUCUGAUCCAUGAGCCUGUGCUGCAGUCGUGGGGAUGGUAUCUUACCGGCUGGCUCUUGAAUGGCGAGCAGACCACCUCGACCGCUGCAGUCCCGGCUCUGAAUUAUAUCGACACGCAAUAG